AUAAUAAUAUAGUUUACAAUCAUUACAUAAUAUGACGUUGUAAUUGAAAAAAAAAUAAGACUGGUUAUAUGUAUGACAGGGGAGAAAUAGUGAUGAAGCGAAGCGUUUUUGUUUUUAGAAUGAAGAUGCCUUCAUUGAAACAAAACAUUUUGAUUUCGGUCAAGAAGUGAACGUCGGCGAGUUUUUUUAUAAAGGCUGUUUUAAAAGAUUCAAUCUUAUCUGGCACCACCAGGGGAACCUGUACUCCUAAAAUGAAAACACAGCUCCCCUGACUGUGAAUUUUGAAAACGAAAUCUUGUACCGCUAUUAUCCGGCGAACACAUCAACACCUCGCCGUACUAGAAGUUACUUUCACUAUUGAAAGCCGCCCCCUCAGCGAGCCUGUGAUUGGCCGCACUCUCACAGUAAUGGCUGUAUGGAGGUAGUCACAGUGUCUUCGUCUCAUAAGAACCGAAAGAAGUUUUGAAAGAGCUAUCCGAGUUAGUGCUCAAAAGAGGGACCAGUGAGCGUUGUUUCUUUCUUUGUAUACAAACGAUUUCAUAGAUUAAAGCAGGGCUUUGAGAGCAGUAAGCAUGGAAAGCAUCCAGGACAGCUCAUCUUCCAAAGAGGGGAAUGAGGUUUCAGCUGAGAGCCCGGAGGAAGUGGGCCAGCCCACGCCACCGACGUCAGAAGAGAAAAUGGUAACCUUCAGCUCCGAAGAGCAGCCUGGGGCGGACACGAGCGCCUCCUCCUCUCCCAUGGUGUCUCAGGAGGAACUGAGACAAGAAAACAAACGACUACGGCUUGAGAUCCAGAAGUUGAGGGAACAAAUCAAGAGCCAUUUGCUUGAGUUAAAGGGACUGAAACAGAUUGUUACAAAUGCAGAAAGGGCAGAUAAAGGCAGGGGAGAGGUGUCUGCAAACAAGUCUGAUGGGGCUCUUGGGCCGCCAUUAUUCUCAUCACACACGGGCGGCCCCAUGGUGAAUGAAGAAGACCCUGGGAAGAUGGAGGAAGAGAGUGAAGCUCACGAGGCUGAGUCUGCCAUGGCAUUACAGAAUGAGGCAGUAAUGGAGGACAGAGAGGGAGAAGAUAUGGCUAAGAGACAUCACCAACAUGCAAACAGCAGUUCCCAAGUGUUCUCCUGUCUCACCUAUGAUCAAGGCAACACUGAUCAGAGAAACGUCAAUACAGCGUGUCAGGUGCAGGACCGCGAGUCUGAAUCCCCGAGACAAAGACGGGGUUCCUCAAAUUCCGAAAGCCGGGAGAGUCAGACAGUUUCGGCUGGAGCGGAGAGGGAGUGGGAGGAGAAGAAGGAGAGCACCGUGGUCCUGGGUUCAGGCAGAGGUGCGCCAGCGAUGAAGGAGUGUGCAGGGAUAUCAGAGAUGAAGCCCAAGCACAGAAUGUCUCUCCGUCCCCUCUGCUACAGCCAUUCACAAACCGUGCUCAUAGACGUGAAUGCUUUUAAGGCCAAGAAAGAACUGAAACCCCAGGAGGGGAGAGACCACUGGCAUGGUGCAUUUGUGAAAAUGCCUUGCUCUGAGCACAGCAUGUACACUAAAAAAUCCAUGAUCAUGAGUGAUAGUGUCAGACGUUGGGAGUCCAUUAAGAAAAAACUGUCACGCCUGUCCAAGGAGCCUUCAGUCACUGAUGUUGAGGAGGCUAUAAAGAAGUACAAUCCAGCUUAUAAGGAUGAAUGGUCAUUUGAUGCACUCCAUGAAUUUUAUAAGAACUCUCCCAAGGACAAAAGAGAUUGCUCUCGAACCCUGGGCAAGAUUGCCGAGCUGGCUGUCAGUCUCCCAGAUGUGUGCCGGAUGGCGAUCCCUUUGUUGAGGCAGGGCCACAAUCACUCCAUCACUCUGUCGCAGAAGCAGAUCGCCUGCCUGCUGGCCAACGCCUUCUACUGCACCUUCCCCAACCGCAACACCACCAAACAGCACUCCGAGUACAGCAACUACCCAGACAUCAACUUCAGCAGGCUGUUUGGACAGUACUCAGAACGGAAGCACCAGAAACUCCAGACACUUUUCCAUUACUUCAGAACUGUGACAGAGGCAUGUCCCCGUGGCCUGGUGACCUUUGAGAGACGGCAUCUGACAGAACAGAUCUCAUGGCAACACUGUAAUGACACGAUCUCCAAACUUCACGUCCAGUCGGACGGCACCAUUGAGACCGAAGGCGAGGGAAUGUUGCAGGUGGACUUUGCUUGUAAUCUGGUGGGUGGAGGGGUUCUGGGCAACGGCUUGGUCCAGGAGGAGAUCCGUUUCCUCAUCAACCCCGAGCUGAUCGUGGCGCGGCUCUUCACGGAGAAGCUGGGCGACCGAGACUGCCUGCGGAUCACAGGGGCACAGCGCUACAGCUGUUACACCGGCUACAGCGACUCCUACAGGUGGACAGCGCCUUACAUAGACAACACGGAAAGAGACGAGUGGAUGAGACUCCGUACAGAAAUAGUGGCCAUCGACGCGCUCAAGUUCCAAAACCCCAGUGAACAGUUCAAUAUGGGCAGUGUGACCCGAGAGCUGAAUAAGGCAUACUGUGGAUUCUAUGAAGACUGUGGAACACACCCAGACUACUACACCCCCAUUGCCACUGGCAACUGGGGCUGCGGGGCUUUCCAUGGUGACCCUCGCCUCAAAGCUCUAAUCCAGAUCAUGGCUGCAUCUAAAGCCAAGAGAGGCAUAGUGUACUUCACCUGCAAAGACCAUGCUCUGGAGAAGGAGAUUAGGGAAAUGCACUGCUUCCUGACCAAACAGCGCGUCACUGUGGGGAGACUGUAUGGCGUGCUGACUCUGUAUUGCCAAAAAUAUUCCCAAGGAGAGAGACAGUCACUGUAUGAUUUCGUUUACAACAAAAUAAUGGGAACUGCAAGUAAGCACUAAGGAAGGAUAAACUGCAUUAAACAUGAGGAUGCUCUCCUUAGAUCUUAAGGAGGCAGUAUUACUUUCUUACUUUAAACUUUAAGCUCUACAUUUAUAAGGUGGACCAGCUGGUUAAAAAAAUGGUAGUUGGAACUUUUAAGUGAAAACGGGAUUAAAUACUUUGGCUCUCUAAACAGGAAAAGCCAUGACGUCUGUCUAGUCAAUUGAGCUCUGGCCUUGAAGGUUGAGUCCAGAUCCUAACUGGAAAGCUACUGUUGUGUUUUUGUUCAUGAUAAUUUGUUUUAAAUUUGUUUUUUCUCCGUGGGUUUGUCAAGUAAAGUAAAAGAAUGAACCUUUUUUAUUUUUGAUUUAACAAUCCUGCACAAAAUUGUACUGAAGUGCAGUGCUGUACUACUGUAAAGUGGGUUUGAAUAAAUGACGAUCUGCAGGGUGCAUCAGGGCUGAGUCCACUGAGCGGCUUACUGAAGUGACAUUGCAGCCUGUAACACCUCAACAGUGUAGAGUUCUCCUUCAGCCAAUGAUCUGGUGUUUUGGUGCAGUUUCAGUGAAGUUUACUACUCCAGUGUGAGGAUUGAUUCAUGGCAGGGGCAGAGAAGAGCAGCACUCGUGACCGUGGCACACUGCAGGUAUGCAGGUGUCAGCUCCUUCUGAGCACUCGCCUACGUCAUCCAGCCUGUUCCGAGCUGGCUCCUUCUGGGCACUCUCCUACGUCAUCUAGCCUGCUCCAAGCUGGCUCCUUCUGGGCACUCACCUACGUCAUCCAGCCUGCGCCCAGCUGGCUCCUUCUGGGCACUCUCCUACGUCAUCGAUCCUGCUCCGAGCUGGCUCCUUCUGGGCCCUCACCUACGCCAUCCAGCCUGCUCCGAGCUGGCUCCCUCUGGGCACACGCCUACCUCAUCCAGCCUGCUCCACGCUGGCUCCUUCUGGCCACUCACCUACAUCAUCGAGCCUGCUCCGAGCUGGCUCCUUCUGGACACUCACCUACGUCAUCCAGCCUGCUCCAAGCUGUCUGGCAGGAAAGGGUCACACGUCCAUCUUCCUGCCAUACAAGACAAAACUCCAAGGAACAUGUAGUGUAUGGAGAAUCUGUGCCACACUCUAUUAAACCAAUCAAAUCCUG